UUGGGACGAGAUCAUGAUCACCUCUCAUGUUUAUAUUUCGAAGUCCUCUAUGGUUGACAUAGUGUUGCUGUUUUUGACGCUAGCCGGUCAAGUGCGCGCCAAAUUUACAUGUAAGAGUGACGGUCAUUUUGGGGAUGAAAACGAUUGCACUAAGUUCUAUCAUUGUGCUAAUGGGCGUGCCAUGGGUGGAUUUUGUCCGGCAGGCUUGCUAUGGAAUCAAGCCACUCAGCAAUGCGAUUGGCCUUCAAUGACAGAUUGCGACUUCACUAUUGAAAAGGCCAAGCAACUGCAAGUGGAAAGUCCAACGAUAUUGUACCUAACGUUUGAUGAUGGUCCAAACCUUGGCACCACCGAAUUGUUGGAUGCUUUGAAAGCUCACAAUAUUCGUGCCACCUUUUUCAUCAAUGAUGACAACCUUGAGAUCACCGAGAAACGUAAUGAGACCCAAGUGCUCGAAAACGCAAACAAUCUUGUUCGAAUUGUCGCUGAAGGUCACAUGGUCGCCGAUCACUCAUAUGACCACAUGAAACAUAACAGUGACGGACCCAAGGACGCCUAUCAGGACAUUAGUAAUGAUAUCAGCUAUUUUGGCCCUCGAAACGCGGCCCCAGCCUUAUAUUUGUUGAAGAAAGCCGGAUUCGAAGAGGCCACCAUCAACUUCGUCAAUUACACGCUGAACUACUUCGUCCGUAUGCCCUACUCCAACAACUGGAGGGUGGGUCUUGACAACGGAAGAGCGAUUUCCGCGGAUUGUUUGGAGUGCACCGUACCGGCCUCUUCCUCUCGGAAAGCCGUCAAGAUCGCCGAUGUUCUGGCCAAGGAGUAUGGUGUCCAGGUCUUUGGUUGGGACAUGGAGUGGAGCAUGAACUUCAACACCAAUCGGAUCAAGUAUGGUGGCACGCCCAUGUUUAUGCGGUUAGGAACCGGAGCUCAUUCCAAGCAGAAGGGAAAAAUCGUCCUUCUGUGCCAUGAUAUUGCAUUCAGGCCCCACGAGAUCACCGGUUCCCUGUCAGCUCAGGAGGAGCUCUUGGAGUUCCUGGAUCUGGCCAAAAAUGCUGGAUAUCAGUUCAAAACAUUGGAUACCUAUUAUAUGGAUGAACCUCAAACUCAAAGUGUCUGACUCGGUCACUCAAAAAGUUGCAGACUGCCAGUUUUCGUUUGCAAGAUUACAUAUUUUUUUUCUUAAUAGCUGACUGAUGUUUUAUGAAACCGUCUGAUAUCAAUAGUAGCUUACUGGCAUGAAAGUGCUCACUUUAUACCCAAUGUGAUUGAUAGUUUUAAAAAAUAAAGUUGAUGAGUUUGAAAAGUUA